GUGUUGUCAAGCUGUUGGACAGGCAAGGAUCAAAGGAAAUUCACUCGUCAAUGAUCAGAGGGGUUACUUUGUUGAAGGUUUUAUCCAAAUACAACAGACAAACAUGCUUGAAUUUUGUGAACAAUGGAGUUUUUCAUCAGGCAAUGUGGCAGUGGUACUUACCGGCUUAUACCCUUAAGGAUUGGAUAAAACCUGGAAAGGAACAAUGCAAGUUGAGUUCAGCAAUGAUGGUCGAGCAACUGCGGUUUUGGAGAACCUGUAUUUCUUAUGGAUUUUGCAUAUCACACUUCACAGAUUUCUUUCCUGUUCUAUGCCUGUGGCUCAGCCCUCCAGUGUUCCAGAAUCUAAGUGAACACAAUGUUCUUUCUGAGUUUAGUUCAAUUGCAAGAGAGUCGUUUCUUGUAUUAGGAGCUCUGGCACAAAGGCUGCCGCUUCUUCAUUCAGCGGAGCAGUUUGGCAAGCAAGAUAUGGGAGUUCCUGGCAGUUAUGGUGAGAUGUGGUCUUGGAGUCAUGUAGUUCCAAUGAUAAAUUCGGCGCUGUCUUGGUUACAUCUAAGUGAUAUUCCCUACUUGUGUUCACUGAUCAAUGGGCAGAGUGAGAAUACAACACAUACACCGGAGCAAAGCUGCCUGGUUUUGUUGAUUUCUUCUGUACUAGGCAUGCUUAAUUCGACAUUGGAAAGAAUAUCACCAGAGGGUACUCCUGAUAGUAGAAGUUACUGCUUGCCUUGGAUACCGGACUUUGUCCCCAAAAUUGGCCUGGGGAUAAUUACUAACGGGUUUUUCAGCUUCUCGUGCACUGAAGUUGUCGGGCAUGAGGAGCAGCUGCCGUCCCGUGGUGUAUCGUUGGUGCAGGGGCUUUGUCAUCUGAGAUGCUGGGGUGAUGUUGAUGCAUCACUAUCUUCCACAAGUUGCCUUCAAAGAUUAGUGCAGCUAACCUGUUCUGUUGACAGAGUGAUCCAGAGAGCGACAACAAAUAGUUCUGAGCAUCUCAAAGAAUCUAAAGCAGGGCUAGCUGGCAAGAUACUACAAGAAGGCAUUUCCAGUUUAUGGCAUAAUGACUUGUUGAACUUUCUAACUUCGCUGUUGCCAUUGAUUUCCUCACAGUGGCCUGUAUUAAAGAACAUAGAGAUGUUUGGUAGAGGAGGACUAGCUCCUGGUGUUGGGUUUGGCUGGGGGACGUGCGGGGGUGGGUUUUGGUCUCUGAAAUGCCUACUUGCACAACUGGAUUCACAGUUGGUCCUAGAGUUGAUAAAAAUUAUCUCUGCUGCGCCAGAAGGCCUUGUUACCCUCAGUAAAGGUGCAAACUCGGAUAAUGUAACUAAUCCAUUUGCCAACGCUUCAGAGAGAAUCAGUCCUGUCCUUGGUGUAUCUUUGAUUGCCGGACCUGGCCAGAUCUCUACCUUGGAGAGAGCCUUUGAUAUCCUCUUCCAACCUUCAGUUCUGAAAUGUCUCAAAUCCUCCAUACAUUGUCUGGCUUCUCAAAUGAAAUUACCAAAAACUUUUCAGUGGGACAUAACUGAGGAUGAGUAUCAGCAUUUUAGCAGUGUGCUAAAUUCACAUUUCAGAUCCAGAUGGUUGGCCAUCAAGAAGAAGAAUCCAGACAAACAUGCAAGAAACAACAGUGCCAUAAAUAAGCCAAAAGUACCAGAAAUGUUGGAGACGAUUCAAGAGGAAAUGGAGUUAACAGAAGUUAUAAAUCCCCCCUGCAGCACGUUAGUUCUAGAGUGGGCACACCAGAGACUGCCUCUUCCUGUGCAUUGGAUUCUAAGUUCAAUCUGCUGCAGUGAUGAUGCUGACGUUUCAAGAGCUGGUCUUAUCUUUUUAUUGGGUCUGGAAGCUGUUUCAGCUGCCCCAUCUCUUGAUGUUCCUUUGGUUUGGAAAAUGCAUGCACUUUCUGCCUCUGUCCGCACUAACAUGGACUUGCUUCAAGAAGAUAGAAGCAAGGAUGUUUUUGAGGCUUUGCAAGAAUUGUAUGGCCAGCGUCUGGACAUGUUAUGUCAGAAAUAUUAUAGAUCUCACUCUGCUAAUAAUGAUGAGGUUGUAGGAUCUAUGGCCACUGCUGAAGAAGUAAAAGUAACUAGCACUUACGAAAUUCUCAGAUUCAAGGAGAAAAUUCAUGAGAGCUACACUACUUUUGUGGAGAGUGUUGUAGAUCAAUUUGCAGCUGUCUCAUAUGGGGAUGUUAUUUUUGGUCGGCAAGUGGCCAUUUAUUUGCAUAGAAGUGUUGAGACUACGGUUUGGCUGGCAGCCUGGAAUGCAUUGUCUACUGCUUAUGUGCUUGAACUGUUGCCUCCACUAGACAAAUGCAUUGGUGACGUUAAAGGAUACUUGGAGCCUCUUGAGGAUGACGAAGGAAUCUUGGAGUCUUACGCCAAAUCAUGGACAUCUGGUAUCCUGGACAAGGCUGCCCGGAGGGAUUCCAUGUCGUUCACACUAGCGAAGCAUCAUCUGUCUGGUUUCAUUUUCCGGUGUGGUGCUUCCGUCAAAGUGCGCAACAAGAUGGUCAAGUCGCUCCUCCGGUGCUACUCCCAGAAGCAGCACCACGAGGCUAUGCUCCAGGGUCUCGUUCUGCAAGGCGUCCCACGGGAUUCGCAGUACGGCGAUGAAGUUGGCCGGAGGAUUGAGAUCUUGAAGGAUGCCUGUGAGAUGAACUCUUCCCUCUUGGCCGAGGUUCAAAGGCUGAAGUCAUCGAUCGAGGGAGCUAUUAGUUAGGCUAAAAGGUUGAAGACUCUUUUUUUUUGAUUGAUGAAUGCCAAAGGCUGAAGACUAACUGCCUGGCCUGGUUCUAGGGGCAGCGGUCUUGAGAAUAGCUCCAAGGAUGUUUUACUGGGCAGUUGUGACGAUUGUAAAAAUGGCGGUGUCCAUUACUACAAGUGAUUAUAGAAUCGCGAUGAACAACGACUGGUGUCGAACGCUUUGUAAGUGUGUGUGGUCGCGCAUGCUUGUGGGAAACAAACUGGACUGGAAAUAUUAACCGGCUUCCAAGAAGAUCUGCUUCCCCACCCGGAUAUGUGCUGGGUAAUUACGAGUUUUGCAUUUA